AUGGCGAAAACUGAGGGCAAGGCCAUUGGUAUUGAUCUCGGCACAACAUACAGUUGUGUUGGUGUGUGGCAGAAUGAUCGAGUGGAGAUUAUUCCCAACGAUCAAGGCAACAGAACAACCCCAUCUUAUGUUGCUUUCACAGAUACUGAGAGGCUAAUAGGCGAUGCGGCCAAGAAUCAGGUUGCAUUGAACCCACAAAACACCGUUUUUGAUGCCAAACGCCUCAUCGGACGGAGAUUCUCCGACCCUUCUGUUCAAAGUGACAUGAAGCUCUGGCCGUUUAAGGUGAUUCCAGGCCCUGGUGACAAGCCCAUGGUUGUUGUUCAGUACAAGGGUGAGGAGAAACAGUUCUCGGCGGAGGAGAUUUCUUCAAUGGUUUUGACAAAAAUGAAGGAAAUUGCUGAGGCUUUCUUGGGGCAAACUAUAAAGAAUGCUGUGGUUACUGUUCCUGCCUAUUUCAAUGAUUCACAGAGACAAGCUACGAAGGAUGCUGGUGCCAUUGCUGGGCUCAAUGUGAUGCGGAUUAUAAACGAGCCGACUGCGGCAGCAAUUGCAUAUGGUUUGGACAAGAAAGCUUCAAGAACUGGUGAAAAGAAUGUGUUGAUCUUUGAUCUUGGUGGAGGGACUUUUGAUGUUUCAUUGUUGACUAUUGAAGAAGGGAUUUUCGAGGUGAAAGCCACCGCGGGAGACACGCAUUUGGGAGGAGAAGAUUUUGACAACAGGCUUGUGAACCAUUUUGUGAUGGAGUUCAAGAGGAAACACAAGAAGGAUAUCAGUGGCAAUGCCAGGGCUUUGAGGAGGCUAAGGACGGCUUGCGAGAGGGCAAAGAGGACACUUUCUUCAACUACUCAGACGACAAUUGAGAUUGAUUCAUUGUACGAGGGUAUUGAUUUCUAUGCAACGAUUACAAGGGCUAGAUUUGAGGAGCUGAACAUGGAUUUGUUCAGGAAAUGUAUGGAGCCUGUGGAAAAAUGCUUGAGGGAUUCCAAGAUUGACAAGAGCCAGGUUCAUGAUGUUGUUCUUGUUGGUGGAUCAACAAGGAUUCCUAAGGUGCAACAACUCUUGCAAGAUUUCUUUAAUGGUAAGGAGCUUUGCAAGAGUAUUAAUCCAGAUGAGGCUGUGGCUUAUGGGGCUGCUGUGCAGGCUGCAAUUUUGAGUGGUGAAGGCAAUGAAAAAGUUCAAGAUUUAUUGCUUCUUGAUGUAACACCUCUCAGUCUUGGAAUUGAAACUGCUGGAGGUGUAAUGACAGUUUUGAUUCCAAGAAACACCACAAUUCCGACCAAGAAAGAGCAAGUUUUCUCGACUUACUCCGAUAAUCAGCCUGGCGUGCUAAUUCAAGUGUAUGAAGGAGAGAGGCCUAUGACUAAAGACAACAAUCUUCUUGGGAAAUUUGAGCUCAAGGGGAUUCCUCCUGCGCCAAGGGGUGUGCCUCAGAUCAACGUGUGUUUCGACAUUGAUGCUAAUGGGAUUUUGAAUGUAUCGGCUGAGGACAAGACCGCAGGUGUAAAGAACAAGAUCACGAUCACGAAUGAUAAGGGAAGGUUGAGUAAGGAAGAGAUUGAGAAAAUGGUACAAGAAGCUGAGAAGUACAAGGCUGAAGACGAGGCCUUGAAGAAGAAGGUGGAGGCUAAGAAUGCGCUGGAGAAUUACGCGUAUAAUAUGAAGAAUACUAUAAAAGAUGAGAAAAUUGGAGGGAAAUUGGAUUCCUCGGAUAAGCAGAAGAUCGAGAAGGCUAUUGACGAGGCCGUUGAAUGGUUGGACAGGAAUCAGUUGGCUGAGGUUGAUGAAUUUGAGGAUAAGCUGAAGGAUUUGGAAAAUUUGUGUAAUCCCAUUAUUGCUAAGAUAUACCAGGGUGGUGCCGGAGACAUGCCUAUGGGCAGUGACAUGCCGGGAGCUGGUUACGGAAAUGCCAGCUCCGGUAACACUGGUGGCGGAGCCGGUCCUAAGAUUGAGGAAGUUGAUUAA